AAUGCAAAAUCAAAAUAAGAUUCUUAGAUGGAAUGGAAAAACUACCGAAUUAACAACUUUCGAAGUAUUUAAAUCUACAGAAGAAUUUUCUCCUACUAUGAAGGUUCACUGCUUACUAGUAACAGGUGGUAUCUACGUAGCAAAUGGAUAUGUUACUCACGAUAGUAUGCCAGACUUAUUAGCGUGGCCAGCUGUAUCAAUUUGUUUGGCUUCGUUGAUAUUUUCCGAGAGUGCACAUCAACUCCAAGAAUGUUUUUCUACAAUAGAUUCUCUCGAUGAUGCGAAGCUUAUCCGGGAGCUCUCUUAUCAAAUUUCUACCGAAUGGAAAAAAAUAAUCAAAACACCAACUUCUUGUAUGAAUUUCAAUGAUGUUGAAAAAGCUAUUAAAUUAUCAAUUGAAAAGUUCAAAUAUUUAAUCUGCGGUGACCAAAAUUUUCUUCAAGAAAUUCUCA